GCCUGUAGCUAUAGCGCUGCGCUUUCGCCAUGCAUAGCUCGGUUGCCAAGCUGCUCGCCUUGCUCCUCGCCACGGCCGUCUUCUCUGUCACCGCCCAUGCCGGGCAGCUCCAGCCGGCCCAUGCGGCUGGCGCGGGCUGCUUGCAGCAUGAGAGGGACGCACUGGUGGCCUUCAAGCAAGCCAUCAACGACACCGACGACGUCCUCGCCUCGUGGCAAAGACGGCACAAAGAUUGUUGCCGGUGGUGGGGCGUCACCUGCAGCAACGAAACCGGCCAUGUGAUCGAGCUUGACAUUGGUCGCACCUAUUUGUUCGGCAAGAUAAGUCCUUCCCUGCUUUCUCUCGAGCAUCUGGAGUACCUAAAUCUCAACAGCACCAACCUACUUGGGCCAGACGGUACUUCUUCGUUCCCAGACUUCUUGUGUUCUGUAAGCCACUUGAGGCAUCUCGGUCUCUCAGGGACACAAUUCUCUGGUAGAUUGCCUGCUAAGCUUGCCAACCUUUCGAAUUUGGAGUACCUCAAUCUCUCAUACACACAUUUCUCUGGUAGAUUGCCUGCUCAGCUUGCAAACCUUUCAAAUUUGAAGUACCUCGAUCUCUCAUACACACGAUUGUCUGGUAGAAUGUCUCCUCACUUUUUCAACCUUUCAAAGUUGGAGUAUCUCGACCUCUCCCACACUAACAUGUCGGGUAUACUGUCGCCUCAGCUCGGAAACCUUUCCAAGUUGGAGUACCUCGACCUCUCUGACACUAGCAUGUCGGGUAUACUGCCGCCUCAGCUCGGAAACCUUUCAAAGUUGGAGUACCUCGACCUCUCCUACACUAGCAUGUCGGGUAUACUGCCACCUCAGCUCGGAAACCUUUCAAACUUGCGACGCCUUGACCUCAGUUACAUCCAACAUAUACACACAUCAGAUAUCUCAUGCAGCGCGGAUGUAUUUCUCGUGGCCAAUACAAUCCCAUCUCUGAAGGCCCUUAUUCUUAUCAAUUGCUCUCUUCCAAAUGCAAACCAGUCGUUUACGCACAUAAACCUCACAAAACUAGAGCAGCUUUAUCUCUCCAGAAACUAUUUGGGCCAUCAAAUUGAAACCUGUUGGUUCUGGAACCUCACAACCAUCAAGGACCUAGCACUCACUUCAACUUAUCUUUAUGGUCCAUUCCCUGAUGCGUUAGGAGUCUCUCUCGGUUUGAACCAACUAAGUGGCCACAUACCAACAUUGCCGAGAAGCCUCACCCGAGUGGACUUGUCCAUGAACAACUUGUCAGGACCUUUGCCAUCAGAUUUUGGAGCUCCAGACCUUGCAGCACUAAGUCUAUCCUCCAAUAACAUCACUGGUCACAUUCCUAGAGCUAUUUGCAAUUUGCAAAACCUAGUUUUCUUGGAUUUGUCCAGGAAUAGGUUUGUGGGAGAAUUUCCCAGGUGUUCUUCAAUGCCAAACUUGGCAUUCCUAUACUUAAGUAACAAUAACUUCUCGGGAAAUUUCCCGCCAUUGCUCCAAAAGUGCUCAGAAUUGAUUGUACUUGAUCUUGCAAUGAACAAGUUCGAUGGAGCACUACCAGUAUGGAUCGGUGACCUAGUGAACUUACGGUUUCUGCAGCUAAACCAUAACAUGUUCUAUGGGGAUAUUCCAGCUAGCAUCACAAGUCUUGUACUACUUCAACAAUUCAGUUUGGCAAGCAACAAUAUAUCAGGAUCAAUUCCAUCGUCCUUGUCAAAAUUAACAGCUAUGACCCUGAAACAUCUGCCGAGACUUUCAUCACAGUGGUUCGAGGAGACUACUUCACAACCGCUGCUCGUGGAUAUUUUGACUGUGGUGAUGAAGCAGCAAGAACUGAAGUUUCGAGGUGCUGCAGUUAUUGACAUGGUCAGCAUUGAUUUGUCACUCAACCACUUGACAGGUGCAAUUCCAGAUGAGAUAACUUCUCUGAACGGACUGCUGAAUUUGAAUUUAUCAUGGAAUCACCUGAGCCAGAAAAUUCCUGUGAAGAUUGGGGAUAUGAAAUCACUGGAAUCCCUCGACUUGUCAAGGGAACAAUAUCUCCGGUGAAAUCCCAACGAGCCUCUCAGAUUUGACAUAUCUAAGCUCCUUGGACUUGUCAUACAACAAUCUUGCAGGAAGAAUUCCAACAGGCCGUCAACUGGACACUUUGUAUGAUGAAGAUCCAUCAAUGUAUGAUGGCAACAGUCGCCUUUGCGGGCUUCCUCUUCCAAGGAAUUGCUCGGAAUACAGUCCACCAGAGCAUGGGAAUCAGCAGAGAAGUGAAAAUGCUUAUGACCCAGUGAUGUUCUUCUACAUUGGGUUAACGUCUGGCUUUGUGGUCGGACUCUGGCUUGUUUUCUGUGCUCUGCUGUUCAAAAGGGCGUGGAGACAUGCGUAUUUUCACCUCUUCGACAAGCUAUGUGACAAGGUGUACGUGUUUGUUGUUGUUACUUGGGGCCGGAUAAACACCAAGGCGACUGCAGGCUGAGUGAUGUGCUAAAUCCAAUAAUGCCGGCGGCACUCUAUUGUUGUGCUCCAUGAAAAAAUAAAGGUGAAGAAGUUUUUCUUAGCAGCUUGUACAAAUGUGUGUUUUUGUCUAUAUACUUGUGAUAUGAACUUUUUCUGAUGCAUGUAACUGUUAUUAGUUUGUACU